CCCUCUAGUGGCUCUCGGUGAGACGCGUCAACCUCCGUCACAGCGGAGGUCACAACAGAAAACAUGGCGGCUCCCAGUAAAAAAGCGACCGUGGUGUUGAAAGCUGUGAAGAGGAUAGCGAUUCAGUUUUCUCCGUUUGAGUCUAAUGUCCGGUCAACACGAGAGAACUCAAAAUCCUGCGGGAAGCUCUCGCCUGCAUGGACUAGGCCACGGCUGCUGUUGAUAAUCAGCCUGACCCUCCAGCAACAACAGUGGUAUCUCUAUAUGAUCUCAAGUACGGGGGAGUUUUUGGCCAAGGUGGGCUCAGAGAAGGCCAGAGCUACCAACAUGAACUGUGAGGUGAUAUCCGUGGUGAAACACGACAAGUCUGAACCUGUUGUGGAUAUUACUUAUUUAGAUGGAGAGAGGCUGGUGAUGAAGGGAGCAAAGUUGACCAGCAGCGAGAUGCUGAGUGCAUUUCAGUCACGGUGCACAGCCAAGGAUCUACAGGCGAAACUUGCAGCAAAAAAAUGAUUGUCAUGUAAAAUAUAUGUGUUGAUUUUCUCUGUGUUCAGCUGAGUAUAAUGGAUGUUUAUAAUUAAAUGAUUUCAUUAAAA